UCACCUGUCAGUCAAAAUAACGCGGGAGAGCUCAGCGAUUAAGAAGAGAAGGUGACGACGAGGAGGAGAGAGGAGGCCGGGAGAGGACAGGAAAUAUUUGGAAAUUUUGAAUUGUGAAGAUGGAGGAUGAUUUUGAAAUAUUAAUGCCAUUUGCAAUACGAUCUCAGGUAGUGACACGAUUUCAACCACUGCCCAUUAUCUCCAAUUCACCAUUGUCUCCUCUUAAAGAACGCUAUGGACCUGAUUUCUGGGAGAGACUGAUCAGACAGCCGUGUGUUUGCAAAACUGGGGUUUGCGGCGCGAUUUCCAGCUAUCCGGUAUGGAGUGCGAAUGAGGAACUGCGCAGCCUGAACACGCCGAGCCUGGAGACUCUGCCGCCUCCAUCUGAACUGUGCAGGGGGAAGAGGAGGAAGAAGAAGCUGGGAAAUGAGAAGAGAGUAAUGGCGGUGCAGCAUCAUAUCCAGGAGCUCAGGCAGAAGCAGAGCAGUCUAGAACAGCAGAGGGCUAUGAAGUGCAGAGGUUAUGAGAUCCCCGACUUUAAGUUUAGGGAAGAGGCGCAAACAGAUGUGGCCAACGUUCGGGAUCAGCAGGAGGAUUUGCCCUAUUUCCUGGACAUCACAGGCGACCACAGAGAUGACUGCAUCAGAGUGUUCAGCACCUCACCACAGCAAGGCCCCUUUGGGGAGGUGAGAACUGAGCCGACACCACAGGAGCGAAACCCUGGCCAUGAAGAGUAUCUUCCGGCGCAUGCGCAGGGACAGCAGGACAAUGCCCUGAACCUGACGCACUUCUGGUACAGCGUCGCGUACUACCUCCCCUUCCAGAGGGUAAACGGCAAGAUCUAUUAG